UUAGAAAGAAGUACCAAAGCAAUGCAGUGAUAACAAUGCAGCCAAAAAAUACAUUUAUAGACCAAGAGUGGAAAAAACUGUAUGUAAAAAGAGGUAAAUAAAUGAUAACACAAUAUAUGUUAGCAGAUUAAUGUAAAGACUUAUAGUUACGCAAAAUAUGGUUCACGAAAUGACUACGAGUGUCAGUUUUACCAAAAGCCAAAGACUGCAUUUAAGGUAAAAACGAAACAAAACUUUUUCCUGAAACUGCAGUUUCUUGGCGACAUUUCCGAGUCCCUCGAUCUCUCCUCAAAAAAAGAAACAGCCGCCGACAAAAUGCUGUCCUACGGCAACCCUUGACGCAACAAGCCUCAAUUGGCUGGCUCGGCGGGCAGAGCGCGGCACCAACUCGCACGGGCGCCGGCGCACCGAAAGAGCGGCCGCGAGGGCCAACCAUUCCCGCAUGCAUGUGCCGAACGAGCCGCCACGUGGCGCCGCGAUGACCGAGUUCGUGGACCGGGGCCUUUGCGAGGUUCUCGGAGAACACCCGGGAGAACUGGUGCGCACGGGCAGUCCUAAUAUCUUGUGCACUGUCCUGCCUAACCACUGGAGGUCCAACAAGACCUUGCCUGUCGCCUUCAAGGUGGUUGUCCUGGGAGAGGUGCUCGAUGGGACAACAGUGACCAUUCGAGCGGGCAACGACGAAAACUAUUGCGGGGAGAUGCGCAACUCGACAGCGGUCGUCAAGAACCAAAUCGCGAAGUUUAACGAUUUGAGGUUCGUGGGACGCAGUGGAAGAGGCAAAAGUUUUACUUUGAUCAUCACAGUGAGUUCCAACCCUCCACAAGUAGCGACCUAUACCAAAGCAAUUAAGAUCACCGUGGAUGGACCCCGAGAACCUAGAAGUAAGAGCUGGCAGCAUCAUCAUCAUCUGCGAGCCUUUGCUUCUGCUUUUGGACAACGGUCACCUUUCUUCGAUCCCCGCUUAGUGGAUCCCUUACGAGAGUGGGAACAAUUUCGUAGGAAAACUGCUGAGCAGUGGGCUCUUGAGCUACCUCGAAGGAUGGGAGUCACUUCUGGUACUACACCCACUGAACUGUCUCAGACAUUCAGUUUCGCAGCCGGAGACCAUCCCCAUUGGCUAUCGUACAAUACUCAUUACUCGCCAUAUUUCACGUCAGCGGCUUUCCGAGGUACAGGAUUCACUGGUUAUGCUAUCGAUAGCGCCUUCACUGCUACAGGAAUUUCCAGCCAAGACACACAUUUGUCACCGCUCGCAGAGGCUAAUACUUCACCGAAUUCAAAUCCAGGCAAUGGCCAUCUGCAUCCGUCAUCAGCAUUCACAUUUAAAUCAUUGUUGGAUAACCUAGGGCAAGCGAAGAACGAACUCUCAACCUGUCGACCGUUAAAUAACAGUCCAUCUUCAGCUACAUCUGCAUCUACGUCAGAAUCUAGUCCAGGACAGCAUGUGUUAGAACCGAAUAAAUUAUCAGUUUCCAACACGUCAUUACAAAUACCUCGAACUAAUAUUCCUCUUCUACCAGGUGCUUCGUCGUCUACUUUGUCAGUGAAUCAUGCCAGCUAUUUGUUGGCUUCCCAAAACUAUUAUGCCAGCAACGGCGCAACAGCUGGUGCUGGUAUGUACUUAGGGCCAAGUAUGGUGCCACCUUCGCUUCUGUAUCCGCAACUCUAUCAACAGAGCCAUCUUCAUCCAUCCAUCCAUCUCCUUGGAAAUGAUGCCAGGAAUUCGUAUGAUGUCGCAGCAGCAAUGGCUUCUCAGCAUCAAGAAAUACAGCAAUUAAAUAAUCAUAAUAAUCCCGAUUUGCUCAACAAAGAACUGCAAUCGCCCUCUUCCUGUUCAGAUGAAACGCGACAGGAUACUAAUAGCACAAAUGGUCAUACGGUAUUGCCAUCGUCUCGCGAAAGGCUUGAUUCGUUGCGUUUGAAUGCCUUGCCACGGACAGCACAAAGUGAAGCUGCAACAGUUUGGAGGCCUUAUUAAUAAUUGUAUGAUAUGAAGAAACGAAGCGUUUCUCAACCCCGGUGAUCUGUCAUGUAAAAAGUGAAUAAUACUGUUGAGACAUUCGGUUUUUCGCAUGGGAACAGAAAUCAGAUUUCUACAUUCCAGUGAAAGAUGUAUCUAAAUAUCAUUUAUUUCAAAAGUGGAAUUAAGUGCAAUGUUAUGAACUCUGCUUAAUCGUACAUUUGGGUAGCAAGAAAGGAAAUGAUUCAUUAAAAAAUGUUAAUUCGUUGCAUAAAAAUUCUUUGUUUACCCAGACGUUUUAAGCUCAAUGAUAAAUUUUCAGGGAAGAAUUUGGAGCGCAAUUUUCUGUUUAUUCUCCUGUUUGAUCUAUAUUUAUCUUUCCAUUGUGUUUAUUUGCUCUAUAUAAUGGCUAUUUUGUGCAUAUAAAGUAUUCAAGUAAUAUACAUUUUA